AUGGCAAUGAUUGGGAAUUUAGAAGGGUUCCAGCCUGUGUCUCUGAAGCAAGAGGGAGAUGACCAACCCUCGGAAACUGAUCAGCUGUCCAUAGACAUGGGGGACCCAGGCAACGACUCCACAUCAAGGCAGAUUUCAAGGCAGCCAAGUGUGACCAAAUCAACACUCUACCCCAAUCCUUAUCACCGGCCUUAUAGCUCCCGGAAGUACUUCGUGACACGGCCGGGGGCCAUUGAGACUGCCAUGGAAGACUUGAAAAGCCACGUAGCCAAGACCUCUGAAGAGAAAAUCCAAGGCUUCUGGCUGUUGACAGAGAUAGACCACUGGAACAAUGAGAAGGAGAGGAUUUUGCUGGUCACAGACAAGACUCUCAUGAUCUGCAAAUAUGACUUCAUCAUGCUCAGCUGUGUGCAGUUGCAGCACAUCCCCUUGACUGCUGUCUAUCGUAUCAGCCUGGGCAAGUUUGCCUUCCCCGGGAUGUCACUGGACAAGUAA